AUGCACCCUGGGUUCCCUGCGGCUCCUGGGGUCUCCGAGCCAGGGCCCCGAGAGCUGUGCGCCUUUGUGAGCGGGGCUUCGGCCCACAUGCUUCGGGCCCUGCAGCCCAGGCGUACCAGGCCCCCCAAGCGCAGGCCCAACCACCGGAGGUUUCUACACAACCAGAUCUGCAGGCAGUUUGCCAAGAUUGAAGCCGCCACCCAGCACCUGGCCCUCUCCAUCCUGUCUCAAAAAGCACCUCCCCAGAGCCAGAGAGCACCGCCCCGGAGGCCACCUCCACCACCUCCAUCCCCCUUCCUGGGAGUGGCCUCUGCUGAGGCCCCCGUGGAAAUGUCCCUCGACAGCCCUGGCCUGAGCCUAGCUGCCUUGGACACCUCAGCCCUCGACCUCUUCGAUGACAUUCUGCUCACUCCUGAGCGCCCCUUGGUGGCUCCUGACAGCUGCUGUCAGACUCUGGCUGCGGGUGUCCCCCAGGAGGCAUCUGGUUUCAUUUCUCAUGCCCCAGGCUCAGGAGACCAGAGACAGCCAACCGCAAUGCAGGCUCCAAGGUUCCCCAAUCCUCUGUCCCCUCCCCAGAAUGCCCACGGGGGAAGCACAGAGCCUGCGGCUCUAGGCUGGGAUUGGGUGGAUAGCUGGGAGGCACCUUGUGCCUGGGGUCCUCAGGGAAUCGGGGAUGGCUGGGGAACCCUUUGAAACCUAUUUGCAACACAGUCCCAACCCAUCUCAGGCCCAGGCAAACUCUCUCCUCUUGACAGACCUGAGGAUAUAUAUAGCUCAGUUGGUAGAGUGCUUGCCUAACACACAAGAGGCCCUGGGCUCCAUCCCCAGAGCCUGUAACCCUGUCAAAUAAACCAAUCCCAGGCUACCACUGUGUACCACAGGCCAGAGCUCUGCUCCCAGACCCAGGGACACCACCUCUGUCCACUUUGAGGACCCUUGCACUUCCUGCAAAUGAAUUUUCCUUUCUCCCUUCCCAGCACAGGCUGCUCCCCUCCCACACCCCACUCUUCUUUGCUGCUGUCUGGUGUCUCCUCCAAUCCACUGAGCACCGCUAUGGGCCAGGCCCAGGACUUGGUGUUAGUGCGCUGAAACAGAGCAGGCAAGAUCCCCGACUCCCGAAGCUCAAGCAGGGUGUGUGUGUGAGAGAGUGUGUGAAGACA